CCCCCGCGCUCACCGGAGCUCCGGUGCCCUGCCGGGCUGAGGGACGUGCCCGGGGACAGCGGUGCCGGUGGCGGUGCCGGUGGCGGUGCCGGCGGGGUGAAAGCCGGGAGCGCGGGAUCCCGCGGGUUUGGCUGGAGCUUCCGUUCCCGUGGGAGAACCGGCUCGGCGCGUCCCGGUUGACGGUCCGACACCGCCGGGGCUGCCAGGAUCCCACCGGAGAUCCCACCAGGAUCCCACCGGAGAUCCCACCAGGAUCCCGGCCAACGCCACCCAAACUCCGGGCGAUGCCUGCCGGCGGCUUUCCCUGGCCUUCCUCUUCCUCCUCCUCCUCCUCCUCCUCCUCUUCCUCGCCGCGUCCCGGUACCUCUGCCAAGGCCUGGAGGAUCGCUCCGGCACCUCGCGGCUGCCAGCGGGACGGUGGCUUCUUCCUCCUCCGGUGCUGAGACCGGCCUGAGAUGCACUGAGCGGCGUCGGGUCUCAGCCACACACCUCGCACCGACACCCCCCACCCCCCCCCCCCCGCCAUGGAGGAAGAGGAGGAGGAUGCGGGGGGGUCCCUGCCGGUGGCCGCCUGGCUGGGAGCCCUCCACCUCGCCCAGUACGUGGAGCCCUUCCAGCGGGGCGAGCUGCGGUCCGUGCAGGAUUGCCGGGGGCUAACGGACGAAGGACUCACUCGCCUGGGGGUGCUGCUACCCGGCCACCGUCGCCGCAUCCUCCUGGGCUUGCAAAAAGCUUUCGCCGACCCCCCCGGCCCCCCCCAGCCCCCCCUCAGGAAACCCCUGCCCAUGAAACGCCACAUUUUCCGCCAAAGCGCCGCGGCGGGGCAGGAAAAACCGCAGGAAUCCCCGUGUCCCCCCGUCUCCGGCGGGAUGGUGGAGUCGGGGGGGGCCACCCAGCUGCCCCCCCCCAUCCCACCCAGGGUGGGCUGUCACCCCCCCCUCAAAUUCUCCCCGUCCUCGCCACCGGCUGAUGGCCCCGAGCCCUCCCCCGCCCCCCGCAGCCGCCCCCCGGCCCCGGAGGUGGCCGAGCCCCCCCACUUCGCCGAGAAACGCCCCCCCGAAAGCGUUGUGACCCCCCCCCGGCCACCGCUGCCGGCCAAGCGGCAUCAGCUGGAGGGCAAGUGCCAGUCCCUGAAGACCCCCCCGCCCCCCAGCCGUCCCCCCGUGCUGCCCCCCAGGGCCGUGUCCCAGAGGAGCGUCCCUGCCCCAGAGGGGGUCCCCGUUCCCCCCGCCGGACCCCCCGCCGUCCCCCCGGCUCUCCUUCCCCGUGCGAAGCCCCCAGAGCUGCUCCCCAAGGCCACCUUCCCCUUCGUGCCUGAGUUCGAUGACUCGGACUACGAGGGCUGCGGCUGGGAGGAGGAAUUAGCCCUGGGGGACAUGGGCGACAAGGAGGGUGCGGAGCCCGGGACGGGGCGGCCGCGGUCCCUGCGCCUCGACAGCCUCUGCAGCGAGGACGAGCUCCUGGAGGAGGGCGGCGAGGCCGGGCCCCACAACGGUGGCAGCGGCUGGAGUGACAGGGACCCCAGCCCGCGUCCCCCCGCGCCCCCCGGCUCUGGCAGCAUGGAGGGCCCCGCCGCCGCCCCCCCCUCGCCCCCCAUCAAAGAGGGGUGGCUGGACAAGAACCCGCCGCAGGGGUCCUACAUCUACCAGAGGCGCUGGGUGAAGCUGGACGCCGACUACCUCCGCUAUUUUGACAGCGAAAAGGACGCUUACUCCAAGCGGUUCAUCCCCGUCUCCUCCAUCUCCCGUGUGGCCAGCGUCGGGGACCAGAAAUUUGAGGUCGUCACCAACAACCGCAACUUCGUGUUCCGGGCCGAGAGCGACGGGGACCGUAACGAGUGGAUGCGGACCCUGCAGCAGAUGGCGGAGGAGCGGAAGGGCAGAGCUCUGGAAGGGACGUCCAUGUCCCCAACCGCCACCGACGGCGCCCCCGACCCGGCCGACAAGAGCGGCUUCCUGGAGCUGCGGGGCUUCAAGCACAAGCUCUUCGUGGCGGUGGCCGGGGACAAAGUGUUCCUCUACAAGAACGCGGAGGACUAUCGGCUGGGGAUCGGCAUCACCUACGUCGAGAUGAACGUGGGCAACGUCAAGGAGGUGGAUCGCCGGGGCUUCGACCUCACCACGCCGUACAGGACCUUCAGCUUCUUGGCCGACUCGGAGCCGGAGAAGGCGGAGUGGGUGGAGGCCAUGCAACAGGCCAUCGCUGCCGCUCUCUCCAACUGGGAGGUGGCCGAGCGCAUCUGGGCGGUGGAGCCCAACCGCUUCUGCGCCGACUGCGGCUCCCCCCAGCCCGACUGGGCCUCCAUCAACCUCUGCCUCGUCAUCUGCAAGCGAUGCGCAGGGGAGCACCGAGGCUUGGGCCCUGGCAUCACCAAGGUCCGGAGCCUGAAGAUGGACAGGAAGGUGUGGACGGAGGAGCUCAUCGAGCUCUUUUGCCAGUUGGGCAACGCCGUGGGCAACCGGUUCUGGGCGGCCAACGUGCCCCCCAGCGAGGCCAUCGGCCCCAGCAGCAGCAGCGGCGACCGGCGGCGCUUCCUCCUGGCCAAGUACCGGGAGGGCAAGUACCGGCGCUACCACCCGCUCUUCGGCAACCAGCAGGAGCUGGACAGGGCUCUGUGCGUGGCCGUCACCACCGGUGACCUGGCGGAGACCCAAGCCCUGCUUUUCUGUGGGGCGGGGGCGUCCUGCCCCACCGGCGACCCCCAGUGCCCCACGCCGCUGGCCCUGGCCCGCAGGAGCGGGCAGAGGCUGCAGAUGGAAUUCCUGCUCCAAAACAAAACCUCAGAGGCGCCGCGGCUGGAGGUGGGGGGCAGCGAGGAGAAGCCCUACUGGGUGCCCCCGCCCUCCGUCACCCACAACGGCUUCCUCUACAAAACCCCCUCCAUGGCCAAGCCCGUGGGCGAGCGGAAGGGCCAGGAAGAGUUCAGCCGGCGGUGGUGCGCGCUGCAGGACGGCGUCCUCAGCUACUACGAGAGCGACCGCAACGCCGUGCCCAACGGCGAGAUCAAGGUGGAGGAGAUGGUCUGCCUGGUGAACAACCCCCCCCACGCCCACGGGUUCGAGAGCACCUUCGAGGUGUACACGGAGUCGGAGCGGCUCUACCUCUUCGGGUCGGAGAGCCCCGACUCCGCUCGGGAAUGGCUCAAGUCCAUCGCCAAGUCCUUCGUCCACCCCCGCGCCGAGGAGCUGCUGGCCCUGGACUUCGAGCGCUUGGGCCGGCUGCACUACAAGGGUGGCCUGAACCUGGAGCGAGCCAAGGAAGGCUGGUUCGCCCUGGCCGGCUCCGCGCUCCACCUCUCCUGCCCCGACGGCGAGCGGCAGGAGCCCCUCCAGCUGCGCAAGCUGCAGGAGCUCUCCAUCCAGGGGGACAACGAGGUGCUGGUGCUGGUGGAGAGGCGGAGGACGCUGUACAUCCAGGGGGAGAGGAAGCUGGAUUUCCUGGGCUGGGUCCACGCCAUCCAGAAGGCCGCGGGCAGCGCCGGGGACACCUUGUCGGAGCAGCAGCUGACGGAGGCCGACGUCCCGCUGCUGGUGGACCGCUGCAUCGACUACAUCACCCAGUGCGGGCUGACCUCCGAGGGCAUCUACCGCAAAAGCGGGCAGAACUCCAAGACCACCAGCCUGCUGGAGGUGCUGCGCCGGGACGCCCGCAGCGUGCGCCUGAAGGAGGGCGAGCACCAGGUGGACGACGUCGCCAACACCCUCAAACGCUUCUUUCGCGACCUCGGCGAUGGGCUCUUCACCGGGCGGUGGGGCCAGGACUGGCUGCGGGCGACGGCGCUGGAGGAUGAGGAGGAGAAGAUCGGCGAGUACCGGCGGCUCCUGGACACCCUCCCCACGGUGAACCGGGCCACGCUGAAGGCGCUCAUCAACCACCUCUUUCGGGUCCAGCUCUUCUCCGGGGAGAACCAGAUGAACACGCACAACCUGGCCAUCGUCUUCGGGCCCACGCUCUUCCAGACGGACGGGAAGGACUACAAGGCAGGCCGCGUGGUGGAGGACCUCAUCAGCCACUACGUGAAGAUCUUUAACGUCAAUGACCAAGAGAUGAAGAAGCAGCAGGAUGAGAUCAUGGCCAUCAUGAAGAUGCGGGAGGCAGCGUCCAGCGGGAAGCAGCAAGCCGGGGACUUCAUCUGCACUGUCUACCUGGAGGAGAAGAAGACGGAGGCAGAGCAGCACGUCAAGAUCCCGGCCACCAUGACAGCUGAGGAGCUCACCUUCGAGAUCCUGGACAGGAGGAAAAUUGUCAUGAAGGAGAAGGACUAUUGGAGCUGCUUUGAAGUCAACGAGAGGGAGGAGGCAGAACGGCCCCUGCACUACUCGGAAAAAGUGCUGCCCAUUUUGCACUGCCUGGGGACGGAGAGUUACCUGGUGGUGAAGAAGCAGAUGUCCAUGGAGAACAUGCUCAUCUACCUCGCCAGCAGAGUGGGCGACUGCAAGCACGGCAUGAUGAAGUUUCGGGAGGAGAGGAACCUGCUGGGGCUGGGCCUGAGCACCGGCUUCCACGACCGCUACUUCAUCCUCAACCACACCUGCCUGCGCCUCUACAAGGAAGUGCGGAGCCUGCGGCAGCGCGGCCCCCCCGCGGAGACGAGUCACAAGCCGGAGAAGGAGUGGCCCGUCAGGAACCUGAAGGUCUACCUGGGCAUCAAGAAGAAGCUCCGGCCCCCGACGUGCUGGGGCUUCACCGUCUUCUACGAGAACGAGCACGAGAAGCAGCAAUGGUACCUGUGCUGUGACCACCCAGCCGACCUGCGGGAGUGGUUUGCCCUCCUCCAUGUUCAGAACGGCGGGGCCCUGUGGCCUCGGAGCGGUGCAAGACGCGGGCGUCGCGGUCGCCGCAGGACGCCAGGUUGGUACCGUCUCCCUCAUCCGCUGCGGGGCAGCGAGAGCGAGAUGAGGAACAGUGUGGCCGCUUGCGCUACUGACCCCCUAACCCUCCUGCGAAACGUCUGAGCAGGAGGCCUGACACGCCAGGUUCGUCCGCCAGCGGGGCAGCCCUGGGGGACCCGCGCCAGCUCCGCACCCCGCCACCCGCCGGGGGUCCUGCCGGCUCCGCGGCCUCCGCCGGACCCUCUCGUCUCCCCCCACGGUGACCCACGGGCGACCAGGAAGGGGGGGAAAUGGUAGCCAGGCCACCCACUCGACGGCGGAACGGGUCCCGGGAGCCACGGCCGGGCAGCCCACGGGGACCAGGCAGUGCCAGCCCACCCGAGCCCACACCCUGCCUGCUUUUGGGCCGGGGGCUCUUCCUCCUCCUCCUCCUCCUCCACCUCCUCCUCUUCCUCCCUCUAUUUUUAAAUCUCUUUCCUUUAAACCCACAAAGGCAGGCGGCAGCAGCCCUUCCCGUGGGAUGCUCGGAACCGGCAUCAGGAUGCUCCCGUCCCUCCCGGGGAGGGGGUGCCCCAUCCCCAGGGUCCCCAUGGCAGGGUGACAAGAGCCUCUGCGUCCCUCCACAUCGGGGAGAGGGGGUGAAUCCGGCCUCUGCCCGCCCCCCCCCCCCCAUCCCUGGCUCCAGCCUGUGCUGGAGUUGGGGGGGGACACACAGGGUGAGGGGUGGCAGGAGCUGCCCCCGCUCCCCGCUGCCGCCUCUCGGUGAUAUUAAAGGUUUUUGGGGU